UCAUUAUUCGCCUUUGAUCCUGGCCAACCUCUCAUCUCUUUUCUUCUGCUAACUAGUCCCCCUCUUCUUUUCUUAGUUUCUUUCAUCUCUCUGCUUUCAACAACAACAUUGCUCGAAAACUGACACACAUAACCACACACAAAGACAGUGAUCGAUGUUUUGAGAUCGACACUUAUAGACGCAGACAUUGAUUUUUACAUUAAAACACCAGAAAUCAAAUGCCACCUACCUCUUAACCCCACCCACAUUAUUCUCUUCAAAACCCCAAAUGCGUUUCUUCUCAUUCUUCUUCUACUUCUUCUUCUCCUCUGAGAUUGUCUGUCUGGUUUUUUGACCAAUUAGGAUGUUGGCUGUAGUUGAAGCUGCGCAGAGUAACAGGCAUUCGGCGAGUGACGUGUCAGUUUCGGAUGAGUCCACGUUUGAUUCAUGUGGGUCGGAUUGUUGUUCUUUGGAGGGUGUGGAUUUGGAGAGUGGGGUUUUGGAGCUGAAGAAGCAGCUGGUGGUGCAGUUGAGUAAGGUUGAGAGAGUUUGCAGGAUUUGUCACUUGGGUUUUGAAGGUGGUGGGUUGGACCCUUCUGGGCUUCCAAUGGAAUUGGGUUGUUCUUGCAAAGGUGAUCUUGGUGCUGCUCAUAAGCAAUGUGCUGAGACUUGGUUCAAGAUCAAGGGUGAUACCAUUUGUGAGAUCUGUGGCGUUGUUGCAAUCAAUAUAGUUGGCGAGCAGAUCAACGAGGGAAAUAGAGCCACUGCUCCAACAUCCCCUUCAUCGCCACCAGCAGCAUCUGUGAUCAUGGUGGAAACCCGAACCAUGUGGCAUGGCCGCCGCAUUAUGAAUUUCCUGCUUGCUUGCAUGAUCAUUGCCUUUGUAAUUUCAUGGCUGUUCCACUUCAAAGUACUAUGAUGAACACCACUAAGGAAUAGAAAAGGGCUUCUCCUGUACAAGUUAUUGCUCCAUAUCUCUUGGUGCCUGUACUUCU